UUCCUCGCUGACUGUCUACUUUGGACAACCGGCAGCCAGGGGGCGGAACUCAUCGACGUAUCAUCGGAUCAUCAGUAGAAUCGAGUUGAAAAUAAUCAGUAUUUUCGGAAUGUCCUUACGAUGGUUGGCUCUGGAGAGCAGCCCCGAAGUUCUCACGAAGUAUAUCCAUGAACUCGGCGUUGACGAAAAGUGGUCGUUGGUUGACGUUUUUGGCGUCGAUGAUGAGCUCUUGGCCAUGGUACCGCAGCCUGUGGAGGCUCUGCUGCUUGUUUAUCCUGUCAAAGGCACUGAGCCCACUACUGGGAGUGACAAUCCGAAAGUGUUCUUCAUGAAGCAAACCAUCGAGAAUGCCUGUGGAACCGUGGGACUCCUCCAUGCUCUCGGGAACUCCAAGGCAACUUACAAAGAGAACAGUGCCUUGGAAAAAUUUAUGAAGAGUGCGAAGGGUAAAUCUCCUGACGAGAUCGCGAAACUCUUGGAAACCAGCGAAGAAAUCGGCGAGAUCCAUGCCAGCGUCGCCCAAGAGGGCCAGACUUCGACGCCGAGUCUCGAAGAGAACGUCGAUCUGCAUUUCGUCGCUUUCGUAUUGGUUGAUGGUCACAUAUACGAGCUGGAUGGACGGAAAGAUGCACCGACCCAACACGGACCCUCAGACGAAGCGAACUUCCUCAAGAAUGCGGCUAAAGUUUGCAAGACUUACAUGGAGAGAAUGCCCGAUGUCUUGAGUUUCUCAUUGACCGCAUUGGUCGGGCAGUGAGGAAUCGCCGACGGUAAACCGUUCGUGAUAUCCACGUCACAUUGAGCACAAGGAGGAGACCAAUAGAGAGACAUUCUGGGAAUGCUGAGUUCCUGUUCAAAUUCUACCGUACUCGACCUAAACAAUCGAUUAAGCUCUCGUUAGAUCUCGGUUGCACUUUCUAUGAACAGAAGAGGCGUCGCGUCAUUUGUCCUUCGGAUCUCGAGAGAUUCACUAACUGUUUCGCCGUCCUAAAGAAGAGUGAGUUCUUGCGGCGUGCGGACGAAAGAAAUAGGGUCGAUGGAUGAAUUUGAAGAUAUGUACAAAGCUGAAAUCACUCCAUGCCGAUGUAUCUUCGACACUUUCUGCGAACGAUUUAUUCUCAACUACUCUGGAUUUCGAGGAAUAAAGGGUGAACUGUUAUCUUUACG